CUCUUUACCGCGCGUGUGAACACAUCGAAUGCGUAGUAAGGUAUACACCAACCACCCGUCCGUCCGCCUUCGUGCCCGCUCGGUCCGGCUCGUCGAGCGCUUCGGGCGGCCGCCCCCGCCUAUGCAUUUGCUCCCCGUCCGUCGCGCGAGCGGUAAAUAGAGCGGGCCAGCUUACUUCGCUGUGUGAUUAAUCGACGGGGCUGCGGGUCCCAUUCGCGAGUGCAUCAUAGCCGAGUGACGCCGCAGUUUGACUCAACGCUACCACCACUGCAAAACAGCAACACCGGGAAUAUGAGUUCGAUUACGCCGAAGUCGCGCGGCCGUCAUCCUGCGCCGAGGAUUCCCGCAUACGAUCCCCAGGAUCGCUCGACACCUGCCGUGAAGUAUGCCGCGUGAGUAGCGCUCGCGAAUCAACUCGACAACGACGCGCGGCUUUGUCGCGACGCCGCGCGAUUGCUUGUGUCAUUGUUGAAAUGGACUUGCCGUAUGAAAUAUAUAUACAUCACUGACAGUUAGUCGUUAAAACAAUAUUCUAUACAAUUAUUACGACGUAACGCCGCGCAUACAUUUGCGUUAAAUCAAUGGUGCUGAUUGCAAUAUUACGUCCGACGCCGCGCAAAUAUUUGUUUCGUCAUUACAACUUGCAGUCAGAAAUUGUCUACGGAUGCCAUUAAGAAAACCUGGAAUAAAGGUUAUGUUGCGAAAUGUUCAUCAUUAAACAAUUUGGAAGCACGAAUUACAUCACGAAUUCCGUGUUGCUACUCUUGUAUUGUGAAUCGCGCGUUUCGAAAAGCUAACUUUUAAGAAUUCUGAAUCGAAAUUUUAAAGACAACGCAAACACCGCGAUCACGAUAUAGCCAACCAAAAGCCAAUCGUGUGCGCGUCGGAAUUCGUAUCAUAUAACAUCAGAAAGCUUUCAUCGGUCGGUUUUCGCGAGUGAAUCGAGUGCGUGAGAAAGUGCAGCCGUAACAGGGUGCUGGAGAAGAGGUUAGGCGAGGGCGACACCCACUGAGCAAGACGAUCAGCUGUUUCACAGCGCCGACAUCAUCGUCGUUUCGGCAGAUAGUCCCGAUGUUACUUUAUCAAGAGGACACACCAGAUAUCUCUGCCUCGAGUACUUUGUGGUGCAAACGUGAGUGAAGGAAAAAGGGACGAUGUUGUCGUACAUGCUGCCGACGGAGGACAAGCCACCGCCGGGAGAAUCCAGCAACCAACAAAACAAUUAUCGCGCGGCUGGCAGACUGCAGAAGAGCAACGCCGUGGUGAGCACGUCGCCUAGAAAAUACGCGGACGCUACUAGACCGAUGAUCGUCUCCACCAGGAUCGAGGAUCCGGUCGGCGGCGGCGAUCCUUCCGCCCGGCACGGUUCCCCGCAUCCGGCCUCGCAAAGGGACUCUCGACCGGUCGAGAGCCCGAAGCACAAUGGCACCGUCGUCGUCACCACCGCGAGGAAAUCGACCCUGCACAACGCCAGCAGGGUCACCAAGGACGACAGUCUGUAUAGCAUCGACAGUGACGCAAGCACCGCCGGCAGCGAGCGCAAGAACAAGAUCCUGAACGGAGCGAAGCAUGCCAGCUUAAAAAGGGUAUCUUUCGGCUCGAGCAAAGGGUCGAUGGUAGAAACCCUCGUCUAUGAGACGCCGGUGCAAGAGGAACCUGAAAUCAAUCACUUCCUGGACCACAAUGGACGCCUACCUCCUCCUAUGAUACCUGUGCCUGAUACUGACGAAGGUAGAGAAAAAGUACGCGUCUCGUUGUUAGGUCGUCCACAACCGUCGCCGGCGACGCCCGGCGUUCUCUUGCUGGAACCGAUCACGCAUUCGGUAGGACAUCCAAUAAACAUGGCCAACAAUCCUGCGGAACUUUUGACCACGCACACCGAACACACCACUCCCGCCUACCACGCGCAAAUCAGCACGGACAGCGGCUGGGACAAUCCAUUCAGGCCGGACGGUGAUCUUUCCCGAGAAGCCGACGAGAUCGUCGAACUGAUAAAGGGUGGAAAACCGAUCACACCGACGCCGGGUCAGAAUGCGCCGGCGUUGCCGGGAUGCGAUGGCAAAGGCGAGCACGAAUCCUCGAGUACCAGUCCGCUUCUCAAAUCCGCGAACUGUCACUCGUCGCCGAGGCCUGGCCAAGAAAAUGGCACUGCUCACGGUGGAACUCCUGCAAAAGGCAAUCAGCCUGUCAAUGAAAAGGUUGGCGCAGCGAGGACCGCCACAGUGGAGGUUGCGAGGAUGACGGCACAGGGCCCGGGCGAUGCAUCACAGGUUGAACACGUCACCCUGAAGAAGAAGCCUAAGUGCAAGUGCUGCGUGCUGCAGUAAUGACCGCGCCACGGAGGCGGCGGAGACGCGCACGCGAGAGACCCUCCUCCACUGUCAGGAGCGUGACUUCGGGAACUCUUCGGGUCUGCAGAAGUCGCGACUAGGCAGCUCGAAGUGUCGGGGAACGUGAGAUAAAACGACGAGAACGUGUCGGCGAAAAAGCAGCUUGAAGAGAAGAGUCUCGUAAGGGACGAACGUUCCGGGCACGAAAACAGCGUCAGCGUUCUUUUUGGGACCUGAAGAAACAAUCCAGAAGAUGACUUCUUGGAGAGGGAAAAAGAGUUUUGUCUUUGAAAUGAUAUAAUAUUGACGACGAAAUAUAAAAGGAAGUAUUACAGGUUAAGUAUAUCGAUGGAUAUUGCAGCUGAAAAUAAAUUAAUAUCCAUUGAUGCACUUCAUUUGUAUUGACUCAUUUUCAGCUGUAUAUACUCUAAAAAGAAGUAUAUUUAGAAUGAAGAGACUGCGAAUCUAGAAAAAUACUAUCAAGUUGCGAAGAACUUGAAGGAUAAAAAAAGAUAGUAAAUACAAAUCGGAUGAGAUAUUAAAGAAAUUUUGUGUUUUCUAAUCACGGAGUUUCAAGAAAGGAAAAUGAGUAGAAAUUCAUUGAAGGAAAUGAAAGGUAUCGAUACUAGAUUGUUCGGAAUUUAGAAUAAGGACCAGAAGUAAAUUCUGAGAAGCUGUUAAUUCUUCCUGAGGAAGUUGCUGUCCUAAGAUGUCCUGGAAAGUAGAAGCAAACUCUUGCCGAGGAAGAUUCAACUCUUACCAGAAUACCGGCUUCCACGCAUAGGAAAGAAUUUCAGGAUCCACAUUGAAGACGAGACGAAGAACGUCGGUGCGCGAACAAACGUUAAAACCGCUUCUCGAGACAGUGACAUUGAAAGACCAGAGUUGGAAAAGAAACGCGAGGAAAAAGAAAGAUAAGAGAAAUCUAUAUAUAUUAUACAUACAAAACUAUAUUGUAGAUACAGAAUGGUAGCUGUAUAGCUUAUAUGCUUUUACUAUCGUGGUUAAUUAUCGUCAGGAUUAUCGUGAUUUCGAGAAUGCAUCGUGCGCGUAGAGCGAGAAAGGGAAAGAAAGAGUAUCAUGAGAGUGCAUGAGAGAAAGCGCGAGUGUGCGAGAGAGAACGGGAGGGAUGACGAUGAAUGAAAUUGACUAUAAGGGGGGCGACACAAGGCAUGUAAAGUUCCGCGGGACGUCAUUCGUCCGUUAGAUCUCGGUGCGAGCAGACAUACCGCCGUUUCUGGGGAAUCUAACUCAGCGGCUUUGAUCACUCUUUCUUUAAUGCACUGUGAGGGUAUUCGACGCGUUAAACAUCACUGUAUAUAGGAUGUAUUAGACCGCACUUUGUUACGUCUACAUAUUCUCCAAUUUGAAGUCGAUUUAUACAAACUUCACUUGCGAAUAGCCUUUCAGUUUUAAAGGCUUAUAAUUAAAAUUGUAUUAUUUGUGGCCGAAAGAAGGCUUUUGAUACAUUCUGUAUACAGUAGUAAAGCGUUUAUUUAAUUGGAUUCAUUGAAGGGUUCUAUAGAUAAAAUUUUUCGUUUCUUUUCUUCCUCCCUUAAUUUUAUACACGAUUCCGUUGUUUCGAAAAGUUCUUCUUUAGCCACGAGUUUUUGCCAGCAAAUAAUGAUGUCUAAUUCGUGACUAUAAGUUUUACAAUAUAUUAAUUUUUUAUUUUGUAAAUAAUGCAAUGGCUUUGUUUAUAUAUAUUCCUGCCGCUUUCUAAAAUCUUUAAUAUUAGUCAUCAGUUCCUAGCGAUAAAGCAGUUAAUAGUGUUUCUAAUUUUAUCUAUGGAACUCUAGAAAGAGGGUUAUUUUCGUGCGAAUACAAAUAGCGCUUAACAUAAGCGUUAAACGGCGCUGUUCCCAUAAAUUUCUGAGAACCUUAACAUGUCUCUUUCAGGACAUCGUUGCAUCAGCUGUUUGAUUGCCUUAGAAUCGGUAAGCUCUCUGGUUUGUCCGCCAGAAUAUGAAAUUAACAUCAUCUGUUUGUUUGUUUGUUUUUUUUUUGUUUUUUUUUUAUUUUUUUUUUUAUAAUAAUUGAUACAUGUGAUUUUUUUAUUAUAACAAAUACAAAUAUUGAAUUUUUUAAUUUCAGUUUUACGUUUUUAGCGACGAAUUCAAGAGAAAACGAAUUAAUUCUCUUGCGAUCAAUCAUGGUGAAUAGAGCUGCGCCUUUUUGAACACGCCGAGGAUUCACUCUUGAAUUUUCGUCGUGUUCAACCGAAUACCUAAGUGCAUUUUGUUAAUUAUUGUCAUGGGCGCCGCUAGAAUUUUUCGUAGGGGCUUACAUAAGCAGGAUCAUUGUUAAUUAUCUUUUUAAAUAUUUUUGUUGGGAUUAUUUUACAUAUGCCAAGGUAUGUAUUGAAUUGAACAUUGAAUUGUACAUUGAAUUGAAAAAAAUUUAUGAAAGUUCUUCUUUCAUCUCUUUAUUUAUAUUAUUUAACAACAAAAUAUUUUACUAAAUUCUAAUUAAUUAGUGUCUUUUAAUUAAACGUUUCGCAUUUUUCUUAGAAAGUCAGAUGGGUGCAAGUUGAUCCUCUGCGCUUUUCUCACGACGCUCAUGAUUUUUUUGUACCUGCGUUAAUGAAUUCCGCAGCAGAUCCGAGCGAGCUAGGACGAAUUGGCUUUAAAAUUUGUAAUUAUGAUAAACUAUAAAACUCUCAAUUUAAAUUUACAGUAGGUAUAAUCCAGCAAUUGACUCUAAACUGCCACAGAACUUGUCAUCUGAUCAGAUCAAGACACUUUGGUGUCGCCUAGCUCGUUAUGAUCGGUAGCAAAGCGGAAGUGCGUAAGGUGCUGGGGGGAAAGAAAAUCGGAUCGUUCGGACGAUGGCGAAGAUACUAUUUUCCUAAUUAACGAGCUGCUCGGUGGAGGGGGAAGUCUCAGUUCCUCCUCGUUUCCGCAGUGGCAAUUUUUAAUGGACGAAAGCAAUUUAUUGUGCGAACUAGUCGAAGGUAUCGGGAGGUGUUAAACUCUUCGUGGCGGCGAUUAAAGUGUCUCUUGAUUAUAAUUAUUGUCUAUUAUAAUUAUCUCGAAUCAUAAAUCCUGAUUGUAUACGAGUAUCAACGUACAAUUUCAAGAGAGGGAGCAUUGCAUCGUUGCAUUCAAAGUACAAUGCUAAAUCUGCUCGAAAAUUUUUUUAUCUCAAAUUGCUUGUAUAAAAAAAAAUACGCUCUUUUAUAAACGAUAUUAAUAAUUUAAAUUAAACCGGCUUUUUAAUUAUUUAAACUCGAUAAUAGCAUAGAAAAUAGAGGAGAACGUAUGCAACAGUAUCUUUAUUUUUUUUAUUCCUUUAUCUGCUCUGACAAUGUGCCGCUCUCACAGCUUGUAUUAAUCCUCGAAGGGAUCCGGAGAUAUACGAUAUUUCGCGUGCCGCGAAGAGCAGUUUGCGCAGCGCAGUGCAAACGAGAGGGAUCUGUAACGCGCGCAUACUUACACACGAGAACCUCUUAACGUCUGUUCCCACGCAAAAUGUUGACUCUGCUGAGCUUACAGAUAUUAAACAAAUAUUAAAUGUCUU